AAUCAAUUUGUGUUUUGAUUGGCUUUUUGUCACUGUUUUUGUUGUCAACUCUGCCAUCAAUUCAGUGCUCAUUAAUUAUUAUUGGUUUUAAUUGUUUUAAUCAUUAUUUUAUUGAUUACUAAUUUAAGUACAAAAUUAAUUUCCGGUAUUUAUUAAUAAUAAUAAUAAAAAUGUGUCAUAAAAUGGAUGUGAAUGUGAAGUGAGUCCACACUUAUCGCCGAUUAUCUGUUGUAUUGAAUUGCGAGACAAUGAGUGCCGAACCCCGAAGAGUGUCGCUCAAGACUGUGCCCACUGUUGGCAGCACUUCCGACCCAAACAACAGGUCCGACACAACCGUCGGACACAAGAAGACGUCGAAGAAUAGUAAAGAGACGCCAAAAGAGCCCAAAACGAAACGAUUUGUUUUGACACUCAAUGAAGACAUCGAUGGAUGCAAUGAGUUCUCGUUCAAUGAGUUGCUCAAGACUUUAGACGAGACCAAUAAUUUCUCGUUCAAUGAGUUGCUCAAGACUUUAGACGAGACCAAUAAUGACGAACCAAAUGGUGAUGAAGACGACGACCCGAUGCUCUCUAAUGAUGAGCAGAAUCUGCGAAAACUGGAAAAACAUUUUCAAUUAAAAUACGGUCCGAAGAAGAGGCGUAUGAUUGAAGACCAUAUCGACAAAGGGUGCGGUUAUGACGACACGGAUCCGUUCAUCGAUAACGAAGAGGCGUACGACGAGUUGGUUCCGUCCACUCUCACCACUAAAUACGGCGGCUUUUAUAUCAAUUGCGGUGAACUCGAGUUCAGACCGCUUUCGCCCGAAGCCGAGGGAGAUAUACCUGAAGAAGAAGAGGACGAAGAGGACAACAUUCGGCCUGUGAUUAAGCGCAAAAAGAAAUUAAAAGUAAUCGACGCGAAGAGGAGGCGCUCGAGCGCUGAACUAAUCCAAAAGAACCCGAAGAAUAACAGUAAUGUUCAGGUCGUCAGCAAAACAGUGGCCCAAAUGCUUAAACACAAGAAGUCUAAUAAACCGAUUGCAAGCAAUAGUAAUAAUAAUAACAAUAAUAAUAAUAAUAACGAUGAGAUCGAAGAGAUUCAGUUGAAUGAUUCGGAAGAUGAGGACUUUGUCUCCUCAUCGGUGAGAGAAGUGGUCAACUCUGUGGCCAAAGGAGAGGAUCAGCCAAACGGACAGAAAAAAGCGGUACAAAAGGUGUCGAAUGGCUCUAUAGAGGCCGAAGAACUUAAUUUGGACGACAAUUUAUAUACUGUUAAACUGCCCAACGGUUUGCCACAAGAUUUACUUCUACUCAUCGAUAAAAUUAAAAAAAUGGUCCAAACGUCACACGACGGCAAACGAAACGUCUUCACCACUGAAGUCAAUAAACUUCUCUCUGAAGUGGAUGAGAGGUCGCGAUCACUGCCACAGCACAGCAAGACACAGAUCUUCGCGCAUUUGGCCUCAAAAAUACCGGUCACUAAACAGACACUCAUCUCGAAGACGAAGAAGGCGUCAAUCGAGUCCUACGAUUACGAACUCAAUUCGGCGAUCGCUAGGAUUGUGCAGAUCGUGGAAUCGCUGACUCCACACGUGUUUCGUGUGUAUCAGUCGGCGAUGGAAUUGGCGAAACAGACGUCCGAA